AUGUCUGUGACCCUUCAUUUUCUUAAUUCUAAAUUGUUGCUUUGCCUCUUAGUAACGUUAUCCCAACACUAUUUUACAUUUGCUACCUCAAAACCAACUUUUGGCUUGAGUAUAAGGGCUAUCCUCGAUGAUUCCCCAGGGUCUCCUCUAUACCUUAUCGAAAACCUCACUAGAGCUGAAAGAGUAGAAAGGUUUAUCAAAAUUAAAUAUGCUAGAGCCAAUUAUUCCGAUUUGGUUUCUCGUUCUAAUGCAAAGGUUGUUCAUGAUAAUAUCCGCAUACCGAUACUUCGAGAUUAUUUGUUCUAUGUUAGCCUCCGCGACUUAUGGCACAUUCCUUGUAGUCGUCCUCUCUGCCAUGGCGAUGACAGACUCUAUGAUUGUGUAAACGGUGAAUGUGUCUAUGAUGUUCUGUAUGGUGGUGGAGCCACUACCAGGGGCGCUGCAUCCCUGGAAUCAUUCCAAUUCUAUAUUAGUAAUGCUGAUACGAAAACUUUCACCAACGUAAUCUUUGGUUGCUCGAAUGAUAACAGCGACUUUUUGUUCGACGGCAGUGAUGUUUCAGGGAUCUUUGGAUUAAGCAAGUCUCCGGAUUCAAUGGCGAGCCAGUUUUCUCCUUUAACUCACACUCGAUUCUCAUAUUGUUUUGGUCCCUUUUCGCGAUGUAAUGCCUCGUCCAAUCAUCCUAGGGUUCGGAGAGGACAUUCCGCAGCUGCCUCCAGGACAGGAUUUCACCCUGAUACGUUCAGAAUCAGGCCAGAUGGCUCAGGUGGUUGCUUCAUAGACUCUGGAACUUUAGUCUCUCAAAUUGAUUUCAACACUUUAGGGGUCAAUGCUUAUGAAGCAGUAAUGAGAGUCCUUGAAGCUUAUUACGGGUCACGAAAACUUGAAAGAACAACAGUUUUAAAAGUAUUUGAGCUGUGUUAUAAAAGUCCAGCAAAUUAUCAUGAUUUCGCAGCAAUAACAUUCCAUUUUAAUGGAGCUAAUUACAGCGUAGAUGGGGAACAUGGGCUUUUCUUCGACCCUGUACAAGGGUUUUUCUGUGUAGGAAUACUAAGGGGAAGAGCCGGACUGUGCUAG